CUUGAACCCUAUGUCAACCAACCGAUCAGUGCUAGUACAUUGCGACAAUACAUCUUCUUCGGAAGGCAGAUGAAUAACAAGCGGCUGGCAAAGUCAGCAAACUGGGUCCGCAACGAACUCUUGGUCCGUCUCGCUCAUCGCAUUCGCGACUUUCAGCAAUUACCCUUCUUUGUAGGCACAAACCCUCACAUUAAAUACAUAUAUGGUCUGUACUGGGCUGCCUUUGAAAAAUUACGAAAAUCGCCUCAGAUAAAGACAAUGGAAGACAAUCAGGGAUUUUGUACGCUUCUCCGUCAGCUUUUGGAGGAAGGUAGACGAGUGAUUCCUCAAAUGGCACUAGGUGUGAGCGAAUGCGCGUCGUAUUAUGCCGACGACCAACAAGAUCUUGACCGAUUUGUGAAUAGAAUGUUCAGAUCGCGCAUUUCUCGCCGAGUACUGACCGAACAACAUCUAGCAUUAACGGAGGCGUGUGAGAAUGAUUGGGAUGAGAGUAUGGGAUUUGGAGACGGCUACAUAGGAAUCAUCUUUACCCGAUGUUCUGCUAGAGCCAUUGUUGGUAAAGCCAGGAAACUACUUGAUAUUCAAGCCGCCACAAAAUUUUAUUCACAUUACCAUGGAAAAUUACCGCCUCCUUCCGAAUGGAAACCACCGGCCGUAGAAAUCGAAUUACAACCUGCAGCAGGGAGCUCAGGGAACUCGAAUGAGAUUAUAUUUGCCUAUAUUCCAGAGCAAUUGGAACAGAUUCUGUAUGAAAUUCUUAGCAAUUCUGUCAGAUUUACCAUGGCUAAUCAUCCACCUCAUGCUUAUCCACCAGUGCGUGUAACUGUGAGCGUAAAUGAAACUGAUGUUUUCUUCCGGGUGUCCGAUCAGGGAGGAGGUAUUCCCAAAACAAGGUUUGAUCGCCUUUGGUCCUACCAAGCCCGUGCACCGGAUGGCGAGUUCCUUCAUUUUGAAGACGUUCAGAAGAUGCCUUCAAAUAUAUCCGAAAGGUUGGAACAAAACACCACGGAUGGGCCAAUGCAUCUUGGAAUGGGACUUCCUUUGAGUCGUGUGUAUGCCGAAUACUGGGGCGGAGAAUUACAAAUUAUGACUAUGGACGGUUAUGGAACAGAUGCCUACGUAAGAAUACCCCGUCUAGGA